UUCAGGACUGACAGAAGAAAACAGAAAAGUAUCAAGUAUGAACCACUCCAAACGCAAUUUUCCCUGCUCCACCAUGGUUUUAACUCAUUCAUCAGGCUUAUACAUUUAAAAGCCAGCAAAUUCAAUCUUUCUUUCAGCCCCAACAAAGCUAAAAUGGUCAAAGAGCUAUGCAUGAAGGGCACAUUGCACCUCUUGCUCUUAGCCGUCACCAUAAAAUACGUGCGUGGAGCAAGGGUCCUUCCUGACGAUGGCACUCUCCCACCUGUUCCGCCACCUGAAACCAUAGCAACCAAUUUAAUUCCUACGCCUGUAGCAAACGCAGAAACGACAGUUGGUACCGCCGUCACACCUCCAACCCCCAGCACUAGCAGCCCCCUGGCUGCAACCACGUUGUCAUUCUUUAUGCAUGACAUAUUCGGUGGCUCCGCCCCGUCGGUAAGGGUUGUGGCUGGGAUCAUUGCCAGUCCCCAAGUCAACGGAAUCCCUUUCUCGAAACCCAAUGCUGGCGUCUUCCCAAAACGUGGUGGUGUCCCUUUGAUCACUGCUACCAAGGGCGUCAUCAUCAACAACAACCUUCCAUUCCCUUCAGCCCUAAAUGGUGCAACAGCCAACACUGUAAUUAACAACAAUGGUAACAACAAUUUGAUCAGUACAAAUGGCAAAAGACUCCCAUUUGUCACUGCUGGUCAGCUCCCACAAGGAGCUACCCUGCAAAAACUCUUGUUUGGAACAACUACCGUGAUCGAUGAUGAAUUAACUGAAGGGCAUGAAUUAGGCUCUUCUAUAAUUGGUAAAGCACAGGGGUUUUAUCUAGCAAGUUCGAUGGAUGGUAGCAGCCAUACAAUGGCAUUUACUGCCAUGUUUCACUAUGGUGAUGAUCAUGAUGAUGAGGAUGAUGCCAUUAGUUUCUUUGGGGUGCACCGCACAGCUGCGCUUGAGUCUCAUAUUGCUGUAGUUGGUGGAACUGGAAAAUACAAGAAUGCUCAAGGGUAUGCGGUAAUUCAGACCAUUCACAACACAAAUGAGCACACCACGGAUGGAAUCGACACGCUUCUUCAGUUUACAGUCUUCCUAACACAUUAA